AUGGCGGAGGACAGGUCGGCCACGGUGAUUGGAGUGGUGAUCAUGUGUUUCGUCAUCUCGACAUCUAUUCUCGCCCUCCGUCUAUGGACUCGUAUACACAUCGUCAAGCAAACAGGAGCAGAUGAUUGGGCUGCCGCUUUUUCACUCAUAUCCGUGUUAGGUUGCGGGAUCGCUAUCGCAGUCAUGACACGUUACGGGCUUGGAAAGCACAUCCAGACAGUCACGCCGGAGGAAUACAUGGAGUUCACUAAGUGCUUUUGGGUUUCCGUCGUCUUCUAUGGUCUGGGCCAUCUAUCUUUCAAGAUGGCAUUUCUACUACAAUACUACCGAGUGUUGUCGACUACCAACAUGAAAAAGAUCUAUAUUGCGGGAAUGGUUCUCGUGGCGGCGUGGGGCAUUUCCGUCGUGGUGAUGUCCUUGUUCUUCUGCGUCCCGAUCGCGGGUUUUUGGGACCACACCAUUCCUGCAAAGUGCCUCUCUCAGCAGGCUCUUUACUACGUCUUCGGAGCGUGCAGUAUUGUAACCGAUGUCAUCAUCUUUCUACUGCCCCUACCGGCCCUCUUCAAGUUGCAGCUGCCUCGAUCCCAGAAGUGGUAUCUGCUCGGUAUUUUCAGCCUUGGAUUCUUUAUCGUUGCGAUAUCGGUCUUCCGCCUCCAAUUCCUCAGUAUCAAGGCGGACUUCACGUAUUGGAACGUGACACCUGCCCUGUGGUCGAUGGGCGAGCUCACCGCCGCUAUGGUCUGCCUCUGCUUGCCGCCCCUGAAGGCUCUCGCCGCUCGCAUGGGCUUGGUCGCGGGCACUCGCACCGCCGGCUCCUCGAACAACCGAAACAGUCGAUACCCGAACGGUUCUCACCUGGGCAAGGAUUUCAGCCAGCCUAAUUCGCCCGGCGAAAAGCCUCCCCAUUUUGGGAACUUUCAAGUGGUAGAGACCGAACGAGACCAAAGCGAGCAAAGUACCUCGUCUUCUUUACCCCCAGUCUGA